UUAGAAGUGCUUGCAGAGCAGAGUGCCCAGGGAAGAGCUGGACUCCCUGAAUUGCUUUGCGCAAAAUCCACCCCUCUCCUCUCCCUCCUCUCCAGACUCMGCAUCCCCCACAGCCCUCCCUCCCCGCGCCUGUCGCUGUGGGGUUGGGGACGUGCCUCUGUGUACUACUAAAGUGGGAGGGGGCAGCAAGCGGAAGAUCAUGUCAGAUGCAGCUUCCCCCUUCUGCCUGACGCUCCCCUCUGGUUCCGCCAGAGUUGGUCCCUGUAAGAAAUAGCCGGAGCUGUGGCAGCGGCGAGAGAAAGCGGCUGAGGCGCGUGGAACCCGAAAAGUCCGGGAGCUCCGGGUUACCUCGCGUCCUGGUCCCCGGCAGGCCGUCAGCACCAUGGACAGCAGCGCCGUCCCCGCGAACGCCAGCAACUGCAGUGAUCCCUUCCCGCGAUCCAGUUGCCCCCCAGCUCCGAGCACCAGUUCCUGGGUCAACUUGUCCCACUUUGAUGGCAACCUGUCCGACCCCUGCGGUCCGAACCGCACCGAGCUGGGCGGGAGCGGCGGCCAGUGCCCUCCGUCCGGCAGUCCUUCCAUGAUCACGGCCAUCACCAUCAUGGCCCUCUACUCCAUCGUGUGUGUGGUGGGGCUCUUCGGAAACUUCCUGGUCAUGUACGUGAUCGUCAGAUACACCAAAAUGAAGACUGCCACCAAUAUCUACAUUUUCAACCUUGCUCUGGCAGAUGCCCUGGCGACCAGCACCCUGCCCUUCCAGAGUGUCAAUUACCUAAUGGGAACGUGGCCGUUUGGCACCAUCCUUUGCAAGAUCGUGAUCUCCAUCGAUUACUACAACAUGUUCACCAGCAUAUUCACCCUCUGCACCAUGAGUGUGGAUCGCUACAUCGCAGUCUGCCACCCGGUCAAGGCCCUGGAUUUCCGUACUCCCCGAAAUGCCAAAAUUGUCAACAUCUGCAACUGGAUUCUCUCUUCUGCCAUUGGUCUGCCUGUGAUGUUCAUGGCAACCACAAAAUACAGGCAGGGUUCCAUAGACUGCACCCUGACCUUCUCUCACCCGACCUGGUACUGGGAGAACCUGCUGAAGAUCUGUGUUUUCAUCUUUGCCUUCAUCAUGCCCGUGCUCAUCAUCACCGUGUGCUAUGGGCUGAUGAUCUUGCGCCUCAAGAGUGUCCGCAUGCUCUCGGGCUCCAAAGAAAAGGACCGGAACCUGCGGCGCAUCACCAGGAUGGUGCUGGUGGUGGUGGCAGUGUUCAUCGUCUGCUGGACGCCCAUCCACAUUUACGUCAUCAUCAAGGCCUUGAUCACCAUCCCAGAAACCACAUUCCAGACGGUCUCCUGGCACUUCUGCAUUGCUCUGGGUUACACAAACAGCUGCCUGAACCCAGUCCUUUAUGCAUUUCUGGAUGAAAACUUCAAACGAUGCUUCAGAGAAUUCUGUAUCCCAACCUCUUCCACCAUGGAGCAACAAAACUCCACUCGAAUSCGUCAGAACACUAGAGACCACCCCUCCACGGCCAAUACGGUGGACAGGACUAACCAUCAGAUCAGAGGUCCAAUAUCAAACCUUCCCAGGGUGUCUGUUUUCUGACAACUAUAUACUGUGGCCACGUCCAUUCAGCGAAAAGUGAAGUGGCGAUGUGGCAGUUAUCAAGGUAAU